AAUCCAAAACUUUGCAUGGGCUCUUAUGGGCUUUCAAACUUCAAACGUAGGUACAGAAAAUUCCCAAAUGGUCUCCUCAUUGCUAUCCUACCUACAGAAAUCCAUUUUCCACUACUUCUGACAGCACUGCCAAAGACAGUUGUGCUUUGCUUGACAUUGCUUCAUGUCAUGCAAUGUCAGAUUUAUCAAUCUGUUAUGGCGUUUUUUCUACUUGUCCUCAUUGAAACAGCGCUGGCGCUCUACCAACCGCCCUCGUUGGAUAGCCUCAGUACUCAGAACAUUCUAGAAGGAAAUGCACGCAUAUCCGAGAAUCGACAGACUGGACCGAUCGAAAAAACCCAACUGGAAGCGACAAAUUUCGAAAUCAAAGCCACAAUCUCCAAAUGUCCCAAGCAAAAAACAUGCGACUGCGAUAGCACAUUUCAAUGCGCCGCCAAUGAUACCAGAGCGAUUAACCUGAGGACGAAUGAGCAUCGAAGCAAAUGCGACCAACAAGCCGACGACGAAAUGCUCAGAAGUUGCGAAAAGAAGCUUUCGCUCACACUCAAAGUGAAGAACCGAGGCCUGACCAAUUGCCAACCCCAAUACAUUGUGCUGGAUCAUGUGUUCGAUCCGGCGACUAAUAAAAAGCAGAAGCUUCUGAACCCAUAUGUUCUCAAGGUGACUCAGAAGCCGGUCUAUCAGGUGUACGAUUUGGUUUUUGAGAACGUGGUCAACUCAGGGCCUCAGGAGAAGGUUCUCAAUAAAAACAAUGAGAGAUUUUCUGGAUGCAGCACCGACUCAACUAGUGCCACUUGUGGAACUCUACAGUACGAAAAUCAAGAAGUUCCAUACAGUACUGGGUUUUGCUGCUCCUGCCAGUCGCCUCGUAGCUCCAAAGAUCCUACAGAUAUAGCAGGUUCUUUGCCAUUAGACGACAAACUGAAGCACGUGGAUCAGAAGGAGAUAUCAGAAAUGGCCUUAGCCAACUUCGAUCCAGCGAAACCUGCUGAAAAUCCGCUAUUGGGGAGCGAUCUGAGCAAUGCGGAGAACCUAAUUGGGGGCAGGUUUAAUCUUCCAAGAAUAGGGCGUCACCUUGUGAAGGAUAAAAAAGAGGGGCACAAGAGUAGGCUCCAUAGAAGGGGAGGGCAAGAUUGCAACGACGACUACACACCUCCAAACGUCGAUCCGGAGACUUACCACGACAGCGCUCAUUGCAUGGAAUUUUCCGACGUCUGGUACUCCAUGUAUAAAAUCGUUCAUCCAGAAAUCAGCCACUCGUUGGAGAUCAAGAUUUUUGAAAAAGUGGGAAUGGGAGGCAGUCGCAUUUCCUGGAGGAGAGUAAGCAGCACCCCCAUUGUUCUGGGCACCGCCAAUCCUCGAUAUGCCAACCUGGAAGGCACAAUCUUGGCCUACUAUUCGGUAAACGAGCAAAUCGACAGCGAAUUUGCGUUGGACUGUAAAAGCCACUUUCUCCUCAUCCCUGAAGUGGCUGGAAGAAACCCGCAGGAAAACCAACAUCCGGAGGCCAGCGGCGGACCGUCCGAGUAUCUGGUGGUGCGGGAAACCGAUAUCGACAUCAGCGGCAAAUCGUGCAACAAAGCAGGUGUGGGGUUUGAGGCGUUUGCGCGUCAGCCGAGACGUUGCGACAACGAUCGCGGUUCCUGCCUCCAGAACCAGCCGAGGCAAAUGUGGCAGCACGACCACGAUUUGGAAACAAGCGGAAGAAAAGGCUGUUAUUUCCUGAAGAACUACGGGCUGCUGCCGGCCGAGCCAGUACGCUCCAAGCCCUGCAAUGGAAGCUCGAAGAAGACCCAGAAUAAGCUUCUGUACAUGUAUUAUCUGCCCCCUGUUACCAGCAACGUAAAUAUCAACUUUGCUGCUGAUAUGAACGCAAUCUUAAAACCAGAUGCUUUGGCAAUGAUCACCGGGAAAUUUGCAGAAGUUUACACGGAAACAUUGAAUCCAAAGCGAGUAACAGUGACAGUGAAAAUCUUGAACUCCGGCCUGGUCACCAGUGUGUUUUUUGUGGGAAUAGGAGCGUGUCCUCUGGAAAUUCCUGCCAGCUUUGGAAGCAUCAGCUCCCAGCCGGUUCUCAUCGCACCUCAACAUCAGCAUAUUUUUACCUUGGAGAUUUACUGCGAGCUGCCCUUAACGAACUUCUACUGUUCUUUGGAGGUGUUCAAUAUGAAGCAACAGCUGGUGGCGGUGCGAAGAAUUCGUUUCCAAAAAAGCGACCGCUGCAUUUGCGUCUGGUACUGCCAAUGUGUCUGCUUCAGCGCCGACUAUGUUCUCAAAUGCACCCCUAUGGAAAUUGAGCAGUACCACGCAGCAGGAUUUCAAGGGGGCAUGCCCAUUACCACGCAAGUGGUCAAUUACUCAUUUUUCGACGACUCUUUGUCGGUCAUGUUGCACAUUGUGCUCUACUUUUGCCUCACCCUCUGGUAUAUGGGGGUUAUCAAGGCGGCUGUGGGAUGUUGCGUAUUGCCGAUUGGCCUUUGGGGGUUGGAUCGAAUUUUAGAACUUCCCAAGAAGCUAAAUCAGUAUUAUGAGCCUGAAUUAAAGCAGGAAAAAGUAAUCUACGACGAAGAAGGUUGGGCGAUUCAUCCAGAAACAGGCAAAAAAGUGAACAACGUGGCACCUCCAACGCAGUUUGCCAUCAACAUGGUGUUCUUCUUCAUUUUCCCGUUUGCAAUUCUCUGGAACCUUGGCAAAAAACUGUUAGCUCCCAAAUAUGCUCCACAUAAACGGUUUAGUGAGUUGGACAUUUGCAAGUGUAAAGCGAGCCAGAUUAGCUUGCUGAAGGAGUUCGGGUUGCAGGAAAGUACUAAGAAGAAAAACCAGAAGAAUUCAAGUAUGGAGAGAGCAGUCGGGCUGAAAGCAAAUCGAGCCAGAAGGGCGAGGCAAAGAAGAAACAAAGCAAGUGCCGGCUACUUUGUCGCGCAAAAAGCCAAGAAACCUGAUCUUAUUGUUGGAUUUUAUAUUGCAUUUUAUUUACUGGUUUGUCUCAAUAAAUCAACAUAAAACGGACUGCUAAAGAGCUGACAACACAACAACCUCCUUGAAAACUCAUUUAUAGGUGCCGACAGAAGGCGGAAGUCUUCCGACGGAUUCUCACAAACCGCCUUUCCAUUUUGGGGGCACUUUGAAACCCGUAAAGUCGUACUGAAAACUAUUCGAAUUGUAGUAAGGGACCUGAGUUGGAAAGCUCGGCUCUCACAGUCUUUCUGUGUGGAGGAAGACAAUUUUGCCGAAUUCGCAGCGUAAAGACUUUUCCCUCUAUUUGGGAGAUUCACUACUGUAAAUAUCCCUUAACAAUAUUUGAAUUUUUGUGCAAAAAUAUUUUUUCAAAAUAUCCAUUUAACCGCGCACUAUUCUAAUUAAUGGAAGAUGAAUGCUAAGCCAUUUGACUUUAUUAGGCGAGCGCCCCUUGUUUAGGCUACUGUUUCGAUUCGGUUUUAAUUGGCUGAAUAAAGCCCCCGAUUUAACACAUCAAGUUGUAAAACACUUAAACACUUAAAAUUAUCUUGCUUAAUUGGGCCCGAAAUAGUAAACACUUUUAGGCCGAAUUUAAAAAAGCGCAUUAUUAGUGGUGUUAAGAGGUACUAAAUUUUGGCUUCUUAGUUUUUUUUCCCUGCGGCGCUCAAAUUAAUUAAGAGCCAACGACUCCAUCAGAAUGGAUUAAAUUCAUGGGAUUUAUUAUUGUGUCUGUACUGUUAUCAACUAUCUGAAAAAUGCAUUAUUGUUUAAAAAGAUGUUAAACUGAAAAAUGGUUGUUUCCGGUGAUAAAUAGUUGUGCCGAAACCAUAAAAAAUACAUUUAUCCCUCUCGUGCAAAUCAAUGCAAUGCGAACCCCUAAUUUAUUCAGCAUGGUUGUAGUGGCCUUCGAGUUGCGAGUUUGGGCCACCCUGGUUUUGUUAACUUAUCUCGUAUAGUUUUUUAUAACUGUCAAUUGUUUAAGAAAAAAAUGCCAAAGCAGGUAUUUGCGCGUACAGCUCUUGAAGUCCUCUAUCCAAAAGCUUCUAAUGAUGAGCAAGCUAUUUCCAACAGUUUCUUGGAUACCUACAUACGGUUUUCAACUACUGAUAAUUUUGCUUUUAUCUGUUCAUAGGUUAUGUCUUUUUGAUGAAGCUCAAUUAGGGCAAGAGUGGCAAGACCGAGGAUGCGAAACGAUAAUAUAGUCCGGUGGAACGUCGAAUAAAGACCAAAUGAGCAACAUAAAGCAAACAAACCCUUUGAAAUUAAAACAAAUAAAAUAGGGACACAAAUUUAAGUUUACGAGAUAAUUGUGUCGUGCCGUAAGGUUGAACCGUAUUAUUUUUCUCGGUAUAGAAGUGAGCCGUCGGACUAGGGGCGGAUAACGUAGGGACACUAAUAGCACGCCCGGGAAUUCACCCUAAUAAAAGUGUAAAUCCUGGCGUAAUACGAAGUGUUCAUUGAAAAUAAACAAUUUUUCAUCCUCCCUAAUUGGCGAAAAUUAUUCUAACGCCGUGGAGGAGAUCGUUUUCUCUAUAGAUGACUCACUAAAUAAUAAAUAGUUUUCUUGAAAUUGAUUUAUCUGUGGAUUUUGUCUUCUAUGUUUGAGUCGUUAUCUUAACGAAAAAGCCCAGCUCGACUAUUUUCAACCGCUUUUGCAUGGGAUUCUGGAGCUUUGGGCAUAACUGACAUUUUGGUUUCCAGAUUUUCAGGCGUUUGUAAUUCCUUAUAAAGUACCUACAUAUCUGAUAAAAAAAAAACGUAGUUUGUGACACGCUCUGCCAUUUCUGAGAUACGCUCGUUGAAACUUUCACGAUGUCUGAAAUGAACACAUUUUUGCUCCUUUUGCUAAAAAAAUCCUUAGACGUUAGCAAUUUCUCGUAAAGUCCUUAAUAAAAAAACAGUUUUUGGGACGUUCUAUUGAAGAGGUCAACUCAGAUAAGACAACUCAGCUAAUUUAAUCCAUUUUGGGGAUAUUGAGAAAAAAUUGAAGAACAGACAAUUCUCAUCAAAGUUCAAUAAAAAUUUGUAAAGGAAAUGGGUUGAGAUGAAGAAACGUUCCGAAACAACCGACGUUAUUGCGGUGUUAAGCACUAUAAGCGAACGCCCAGAUUAUAUUCUAUAAUUAAACAAUUACCCCACGUUUACACGCCUCGAGGGAAACCGAGGAGAAAAUUGGCUGGGGCUGGGUUAUAAAGGCUGCUUAUUCCCUUAUGAUAUUAAUAACGCGUAACCGGAGACUGCCGAGGCAUAAUGGCUCUUAGAAGAUGAAACAGUGAGCGCCAGAUUGCCAGCUGAAUGAAAAAUGAGCCAACACUUUGCAAUUUUUUAACAAACAUAUAUGAGAAAAACGACACUUUCUUGGCUGGCUUGACUUGCAACGUUUCGGUUGAUUGUAUCUUCAGGCAAAUGAUGAAAUAAAAAGACUUUCAAUGAUUUAUUAUUUUAUCUGUGUACCAUGCAGACAAUGGACGUCCGAAUAAAUCAUUCAAACGUUAUUUUUCUGGAUUGUCGCUUUUCCCAGAGUGUGAUGGGAUUUUGAAAAUUUACUUAGUUGAAAUUGGAAAAAGGCAGCUGGUUUUAACGCUACUAAUGGCUCUAUUACAAUGAAAAAAUCCAAUUUUGACACAUUUCCGGUGAAUUCUUGACGAAUUUUUCAAACUUUUUCAUGUACAUUUUGGGCGCUUUAUCAAAGAUUUUUAAAACGUUUCUUAUUCCAAAGAAAAACUGCGUAUAAACUUGAAUAAUAAAAGUUAUGCUUUUUCCCUACCCAGCUUGUAAUGAUUUUUGAAAAAUUCGCCAGCAGAAAUUGUAAACAAACAGAUAAUUGGUUUAAACGCCGUAAAAAAGGAAAAAUAUUGCGAUUAGGGCAAAAGGUUUGAAAUUUGAAAUGGAAAGAAUCCAAAUUAGCCAAAAAGCACUCAACAUUAUCAGGUUAUCUAAUCACUUCAAAUUUAGAGUUAGUUAACCGAAUCAACAUUAUUCAAGUGAUUAAAUUGAGUAAAUAAGGCAAAAACUGUUUUAUUUACUAUUCUGCAAUCAAUCAUCUCAUUGAGUAUCAUUGAUUAAGCCGAAUUAUCUUCAAUUCGUAUCAAGAAGUUUUAACGUGUGUUUUAAAAUUAUAUUAUUUUUCGUGUAAAGUCUUCGCAGACAAAAUAACCUAUUUAAGUGUGAAUGUU